AUGGCUUCACGGUCCAUUGACGACGUGCCCAACGAUGUGCGGGAACAAGAACAACUAGAUAUGGUCCGCCAUAUUUAUCGCCUCGUGCAAGAUGGCCGGCUCCACGUCGCCCCAAUUGGGAACCCACAGAGGGUGCUGGAUAUCGGUACUGGGACGGGACUCUGGGCGCUAGACUUCGCAGAUGAGUUUCCCGCGGCAAUAGUCCUCGGGGUUGAUAUUAGUCCUAUCCAGCCGCAAAUGACUGCUCCGAAUUGUUCCUUCAUGAUCGAUGGUCUGGAGCAAGAAUUGGUCUACUCACCCCGUCGCAGAUUCGACAACAUACACCAGCGCAGCAUGUCUGGAAGCAUCGGAGACUGGUCGACAAUGUACAAGCAAGCACUAUCGCCUGAGGGCUUGUCGGACGACUCGGCCAUCGCCAAAUGGCAGAAAUUGAUCGACGAGGGCAGUCUUGCGCUCGGCCGGCGCCUGAAUUAUGCAUCUCGGUUCAAGGCCCACCUCGAAGAAGCUGGAUUUGUCGACAUACAGACUCAAGUAAUCAAGACUCCGAUAGGCGCAUGGCCGAAAAAUGAGAAACUUCGUCGGAUAGGGGUAUUCCUCCAAGCACAGAUGAAUGAAGCUGUCGAAGCCGUCACACUAGGAUAUCUCACUCGGGCGCUUGGGUGGUCAGAAGUGGAGGUUCAGAUCCUGCUCACAAACGUAAGGAACGAGUUUAAUGACAAACGGAAACAUCUUUAUACAUUCUGCUGGUUUAUCUGGGGCAGGAAACGAAUGGAUUCUGGCAAUAUCAGCUAA